AUGCCUUCCCGUAGGCGCAUUGCAAUGGCUUAUACUUAUUGUUCUCCACCUCCACCAACCCUGCCGUCUAAUGAUCCGAAACCACCACCUCCGGUGGCGGCGGUUCCUUCAACUACACCGCCAAAUUUAACACCUCCUGGUGGUAGUAAGGAUACACCACCUACAUACCCUCCUCCAACAUUGCCAACACCAACAUCUCCUCCACCACAAACACCGACUUCACCACCAAACAAUUCCAAUAGUCCUCCUCUUUCACCUCCACAAAUUACUCCGAGUUCACCACCAAACAAUUCCAAGAGUCCUCUUUCACCACCACAAACUCCGAGUUCACCAUCACCAAACAAUUCCAAGAUUCCACUUUCACCAACUUAUUCACCACCAAAUGCCUCGCAAUCUCCAGCUUCUUCACCAAGAACACCACCUUCAGAAGGUGGUAAAGUUCCUUAUUCACUCUCUCCACCUUCAGCAUUAACACCACUUCCCACACCAAAUAUUCCGUCGACUACUUUUUCUCCUCCACAAGUAAUGUGA